ACACAGAUGACUCAGAGACAGAGAUAUCACUAGAAGCAGAGACGUAACGUGUAGAGGGCUUGCAGUUGAUGUACGAUGCCUCCUGGUGGCCAUGUUGGAAGACCACCACAUUAAUUCUAGAAUCAGAGACUUAAUGUAUAGUAGACCUACAUAGAAAGAAAGACCCAGGCAUUGUUAAAGAUGUCAAAGGUCAUCUAUGCUGAACCAGAUAUGAACAAGAAGGUCAAGUUUGACAGAGGUGAGAUGGAGGAGAGGAUUGUGGAUAUCUAUGUCAGUGCAGACACCCUGAGAGAUGGUGAGACCAGCACCAAGAAAGAAGAGACAGUAGACACUGCUCCUAUUAAUGGACCAGAAGACCAGCAAACAGAUAACAGAGCCAUCAAAGACUCUGAAGAUAAAAGGAACACCUUGUUCCAGAGUUUCUCCCUUUAUAAAAUCAACGCAACUGAAGAGAGAGACCAGUUACAGACCCGAUACAACAACCUGACCAAAGAGAGAGACCAGCUACAGACCAGAUACAACAACCUGACAAAAGAGAGAGACCAUAUUCAGGCAAAGCUUUUUGUGAUAGAGCAGCAUUGUCAGAAGGGAUGGAGAUACUUUGACUCCAGUUUGUACUUCCUCUCUACUGAGACUAAAACCUGGAAGGAGAGCAGACAGGACUGUCUGGAGAGAGUUGCAGACCUGGUGAUCAUAAACAGCAAUAAGGAACAGACAUUUCUCUUCAACCUCCACACGAGAGCCUGGAUUGGUCUGACUGACUCUGUUACUGAGGGGACCUGGAAGUGGGUGGACGGCACAACACUGACCACAGGGUACUGGGGGACAGGACAGCCUGAUAAUGGUGGUCUGUUCUCUGGGCAGCAGGACUGUGUUGAGAUAUACUAUAGACAAGAUGACCCUGUACAGACAUGGAAUGAUGACAAAUGUGGGACAAAUCAUAACUGGAUCUAUGAGAAAGCGGUGUGACAAUAACCUACUGUAACAAUCUCUCUCUGUCUUUCUCUCUCUCUCUCUCUCUCUCUCUCUCUCUCGUUGAUGGUGGAAUACAGUACUGAAUGGUUAAGUGAUGAAUCCACCUAGUGGUUAAAGUGAGAGAUGAACUCACCAUAGAAGUGAAAUAGUCAAUGACUUGUCUAUGAGCUCUUUUUCAAUUUGGCAUUACUUGAUUCCUCCUCACAUUCUCUCUCCCCUCCUUCUCAAAACACAUUGGAGAAUACAAUCCUAGUGGAGUAGGGGCCUUGGACCUUCUCCUCUAACAGGGUUGAAAGGAGGAGAAGAGAUAGGAGGAGAGGAAUCUAGGAAAGUCUAAUUGAGAUAGAGGAGGAAGAAGAAAAUUAAGAGAAUGAUGAAGAGAUAAAAAAUAAGACAAAUAAUUGUUGUGUUUAGAUUUAGAGGAGAGUAUGUAGUCAUACUGUACUCUGUAAAAUUAUUCUUCAAUAUUUUUAUUAGAAACAUGUUAUGUGAUUUGCCAUAGGCUUAUGCUUAAUACAAAAAAGUGGGUCCAAUUAUUAACCUAUGUUUAUCAUUUUAAUAAUAAGAAUAACAAAGUCACAGAUUAAUAAAUAAAGGAAAAAUGUUCUUUAA